AUUUAUUUCAGUUUCAUGGCUGAUUAAUUAAAACAAUCAUAAUGGACGGGUCGUAAAAUUAUAACGUCAGAUAAUGUUACUAAAGGUAUGUAUAAUAUAUUAUUGAACAUCAGGAAUUGUGAAAAAAUUAAAUGAGAAAACAGGUUAAUAUGAAACAAUGAAAGUUGAGAUACCAAAAUAAACUAUAGCAUAAUAGAUUGAAACUACUUUGAAUGAAAUUAAUUAAGGUAUUACUUAAUAGUACAUUCAAUAGCAAAUGAAAUCUCAAAAAAAUUAUAUUAAUAAUACAAUACUUUAAAAGAGUAAGUAACAAGUUUAAGAUAAAUGGUUGAUGAAAAAGGAAAGUAAUACAAAAAAGAAUAAGAAGAAAGAGAGAAAAAUUUGUUGAAAAUGAUAAAAAAUAAUAAUUUAGAAAUCAAUAUAGCUUAAAUGACUGAGGAAUAAAUAAGAGAAAGACUAAACGAACUUGAAUAUGAACUUAAAAGUUCUUCUAAGAUAAAUGAAGUCUUAGCUAAAGAAAAAGAAGUAGCAAAAAAAGAAAAUUAAAACAUUGAAAUUACAAAAAAUAUUGAAACUUUACAAAUAAAAUUAGAAGAAAAAAAAAAAUUAUUAAAAGAGAAUAAAAAAGACAAUAUUAUACUAACUAGGUAAAGCUAAGCAAAUUAGAAAAAACUUGAGAAAAUAGAGAAAGGUUUGGAUGAAGCAGCCUAGAUUAAUUAAUUGAAUAAAGAAUUAAGUCUGCUUAGAGAAAAAGAAAACAAAAUUAAUGAGAAAAAAAAACAAUUCUUAAAAGAUUUAUCAGAGAUUGAUGAACGCAUAGGAUUCUAUAAAGAUAAGAUUGAAAAUCUAGAAAAAGAUGAUAAAGUAAAGGAUUUAGAAGACCUUUAUAAAAAGGUUUAAGAGAAAUGGGAAUAGAAGGAAACAUAGUUAGAAAAAGAAAAAGAUAAAAAAUUUCUAGAUUUAUUAAAAGAAAAAUCUAAAGAACAGAAACAAAAAGAAAAGGAAAAAGAAAAGGAAAAGGAAAAAGAAGAAGAAUAAGACAAAUCUAAAAAAUAUUAAAGAAUUAGUGAUUACAUAAAAGAAAAAAAGGAUGUGAGCAGUCUCAAAGCAGAUGAAUAGAAUUUCAUUAAAUUAUUUUAAUUAAAAAUAGAUUUAGAAAAUUAAAAGAAGAAGAAGUAAAAGAAGAAUGAUUAGGAAAAGGAUUAAUUAGAGAGUUAGAUAAAUAAUUUAAAGUUAGAAAAAGUGAAUAUAUAGAAUGCUAUAAAGGAAAGAGAAAGGGAAAGAGAAAUGGCAGAAACAAAAGAAGUUGAAGAGAGAGAAAAACUAGAAAUGUUGAAAGAAAAGAAGAGAAUGGAAUAAGAAUAGAAAGAGAAAGAAAAAUUAGAAAAAUAAAAGAGUAAUCAAAGAUCUUAAUUAUCACCUUUGAGAGCCAAGUAAUAAAAAGAUGUUACAACAAAAGAAAAAUUAAUAUAAGAGAAGAAAGAGCAACUUAAACAAUUUACAGAUAAGUAUUUAAAAUUGCCAAAAGAAAAAUAAUUUUUGAAAGAACCAUUUAAACUUUCUUAUGAAUAUUUAGAAGAGAAGAGAAAGCGUAAAUAGUAGAAACAGGAUGAAAAAGAUGAAAAAGAUAAAGUAGAAGUUAAAGCUUUGAGUAUUAUUGAGACAGUAUGCAGAACAAAACAUAGAGGAUCAAAGAGAGAUUGGUUUGGAUAUGAACCGAAUGAAUAAACAAUUUAAUGUGAUGAUGUUCACAUUUUAGGAUAGUUUUCAAUAAAUCAUAGAAUAAAGAAAAUAACAAUCUAUCAUAAUCCAACUGAAGGUUUAAUUUACUUAUUAUGGACUGAAUAUAGAAAGGAGGAUGGUUCUAUAAUAAGCGGAACUUGGAAUGUAAAAUAUAAAUAAUUAUUAAUAUAGAUCAAUUAAGAAUUAUUAGAAAAGAAUAAAGAUAUUAAGAGAGAUGAAUUAGAUUUGAAAGAGAAUGAUAAAAUAAAAUAAAUGAUAAUACGAAGAGAUAAUAAUUUUAUAUCGUUUAUCUAAUUUAACACUAAAUAAGGAUAGUAGUUUAAAGUUGGUAAAGAAGUGAUGUAAGUAAUUUUGAAAUAUAUUUAAGUGAAAAAUAGGAUGAGGAGAAGCCAAAAGAGAAAAGUGAUGAAUAAUAAGAUAAAAAGGAUGGGGAUGGAACUGAGAAAAAGGAUGAUGAUCCAGAUAAAAGAGAUCUAAAAAUUGAUAAUGUUUCUGUUCUAUUUACUUUAUUUAGUGGUUAUUCAUAAAGAAAUGAGAAGGAAUUAGCUAUGAGUUACUUUGGAUAUGAAAUAGGAAGAAAAUUGACUGCUGAAGAGAAUAGAUAAUAUUUAGAAGAGAAAUAAAAGAGAUUAGAAGAUAAGGAGAAAAAAAAUAAAUUAAAGAAAUUAGAAGAAAGUAUGGCUAGUGAUUUGAAUAGAAGUUAAAUUAGAAAGAAAUGAAA